CUUACUUCAAAAAGCACCAAAUACGGAACUGUUGAAGUGUCCUCAGUGCCAUACCAGAGAUGUCUGGCCAUGUCCACUUGCCAGCUGACCAACUGGACAUUGAUGACUUGGAAUCGACACGGUGGAACCCCCUCCAGUGUCGCCUAUGUACUGACCAGUACCAGGAACCCUGCAUUCUUCAGUGCUACCACAGCUUCUGUGCUGGUUGUCUUGCUAACAGAGUGGAUGAUGGCCGACUGACUUGUCCAGUUUGUGGAGUAGUGACAGUAUUAAAGGAAGGCCAGACCCUUCCCUCACCAGACCCUAUACUCAAGUUUCUAGUUGAAUCAUCAGCAGGAGACUCUGUACAAUGUGCCAACUGUGAAAAGACCAGCGGGGAGAUGUUUUUCUGUAAGACGUGCAGCCAACCCCUGUGUCUACAAUGUCGAGAGGAGACACAUCAUGCCAAAAUGUUCUCCAGCCAUCAUGUGGUGCUACACACAAAACACACCCGGGAUAGUCAGAAAGACUGCAAGGUCCAUAGGGAGCCAUACAUAUUGUUUUCCACUGAGAAAAAAGUGAUGCUGUGUAUCAACUGCUUUAGGGAUAUGAAAGUAGAGAGUCGCUCCCAUUGUGUAGACCUGGAGACUGCCUACAAGCAGGGUUGUCAAAAGAUUGAUGAUACAAUGCAGUCAAUCAGAGAUCUCCAGUGCUCUGUCCGAGACGGCAUCCUACUGCUGAAAGCUCUUCUCGAGGAGAUCAGUACCAAUUCAGAACGGGAAAAGCAUGAUAUUUCAAUACUGUAUGACGCUAUUCAGGAACAGAUAGCGCAGACCAGGGAUGCUCUUGUACAGGAAAUAGAUAGGCAGUAUGUCGAGAAGGAGGAGUUAUUUAAGAACCAGCUGGUCAGCCUACGAACAUUUCUACCCACGCUGCAUGUGCACCUCGUCACCUGCGCUGCUUUCUGUAGCUCCACAAGCAAAUAUGAGUUCCUCGAUUUUACUUAUGAGAUGAUGCGACGUUUGAAAGCCAUCAUUCAAGUACAACAACCACUACACCCAUCUCAAACCAGCGACAUUGUCACAGAGUACAAGACAAAACUGGCAAAGUGCCUGGAGCCUCUGUUGUUUCCCCACAGAAACGGAUCCCCACCGGUCACCAGCAGUGCCACUGCUGCUACCAGGUUUGAAACCAACACAACAAUAACCAUGACAUCCGCCGGUGUGAGACAAGAUGAGGCGGCUUGCAGUGGGGAGUCCAAUAGAAACUCCUUACAGAAGAGGAAAUCUUUGAAGCUGAAACUGUUGGAGACUAAGGGGUUCUUUGCUGACCAUUGCAAAGAGUUUGAUGAAUCUCACAGGGAGUUAAUGAGCAAAGUAGACAAACUGAAGCAGUCUGUUCAGGAAUUACAAAGGGACAUUACUCUCAGACGAAGCCUGACAAGGGAGAUUACUGUCAGUGAUAUAAAGUCUUGUAUCUCUACCACUGAGGAAAAACUGGAUGAUCACUUGAUACAUGUGGAGGGAAAACAGACAGGACUUGAGAAGCAUUGGGAAGAAUCUCUGGAGAUGAUAGCAGCAGAACAGGAGGUCUACCAAGCCCAACUACAGGAUGUGUGCAGAUUAAAGUCCGAGAUUGGCUCCGUGAAGACCAUUCUGCAUAAACUGAUGUCCUUUAUGUCAUCAAUAGCCAAUGUCACACAAAGACUGGCUCCAAAACUGGGAAAAGCGUACAAUGCAGCUGAACAUGACAAUCAGCAUCAGGCUCUGUUGAACACCAUCAACACCAUGCAGCCUGACUCGCAGCAGAGAUGUGAUGCUUUGAGAGCUGCAGAAGAAGAGAGAGACCUGAAACAAGCCAACCGUGUCAACCCUAUGGACGAAGAACUCAUUAAAACUAAGGGUCUGCUUAGAGCCCCAUCACAGAGAAAGGAAAGUACUAUUAAAAGACUCUCUGCUGAGAUUAAGGAACCAGUUAAGGAUGUUUCUGUAGAGAAUGUGGACAAUGAUUCUGGUGAGGCAAAAGCUGAUGAAGUUGAUGUUACUGUAAAUAUAAGCUUGGAAAAGAAGACUGAACCUACAGAUAAGGACGCUAAAGAUACUGUUGAUACAGUUGAAGUUAAUAUUGGUGCAGUGGGUGAAAGUAUUGAUGUAGACAAAGAAAAUGUUAUUGAUAAUAUAGAUACAAAAGCAGAAGAAAGUGGAACAGAUAGUUUAAGUCCAAAUGAAUCAACAGAUGCUGAUGUCCAUGUUAUUCCAAUUGAUGCUGAUGCUAAUGAUAUAAGUGAUAUAAUUAAAGUCGGACCUCUUAUAGGACUGAGUCCUCAUAUGCCAGAUAUUGCAGCUGAGGCACUAAGGAGUGAAAGAGAAAAUUCUCCUAUGGCUUCAGGUAUAAGCCCCAUUGUUGAAUCUGAAGAUACCAGUAGUUUUAGUAUUGUAACUUCUGAUUCAGAUGAAGAUACAGCCACUAUUUUAUGUUCACCGACUUCUGAAGAAGCUGUAAAACCUGGAUUUGUUAAAGAUAUGAUUGCCAAAGUAUGUGAAAUGUCAAAAUCUAUAGAGAGUAUGGAUGAGAUGACUAUGAGUGCUUCUAAAGUUGGUGAACUGUCAAAAUCUAUAGAGAGUGUGGAUGAGCUGGCUAUGAGUUCCACUACAGUUGGUGAAAUGUCAAAAUCUCUUGAUGAUGAGGAAGAGGCUGCCAAAUCUGACUGUGCAUGUACGGCAGUGGUUUUUCAUGAGAAUGACAGUAAGGCGCAGGUUUCUAGAGAAGGGGAGUCUGGGAUUGAGAAUGACAGAGUGAACCAGUUUGUUUCUAUAAAUAGAUUGGAUGGAGAUGGUUAUGAGGUUGAAGAAGGGGAAGAUAAUGCAGAUGACGUUUAUAAGACGAAAAGUUUACCAGAAUUGGCCCAAGUAUUUGAGCCUGGUGAAUUGAAACAGAAGAAAAGAAGGCGAAGCAAGUCUGAAAAAGAUAGGAAAGAUGAUAAAAAGAACAGUGACGUAAAGAAUAGGUGAAAUCAAUUGUAUUAGCUUGUCUGUUUUUUUUUAAAAACUAGCUUAAGUAAUGUCAUUCCCUUGGUGUUGGUGUACAUCAUUGUUAGCAUGCAUUUUAAAAAAAACAAAAACUGUAAAAUGAGAACAAUUUUCUUUUAAGAUUCAGUUGAAGGCAAAAAGUAUACACUUUACCUGAGUAAUUUUUAAGAGGUCUUGAUUGAAUGUCAAAAUGUGGUAUGAAAGUUAUCGAAAAUAUGAAAUAUCUAUAGUAUUCUUUUCUUUGACAAUGAGUGUAAUUACAACACGAAACUAAAUGAAUAAGGAUUACUUGGUCUACUUGUCACACUUUUAUUUUCAAAUUAUAUUGUGCAGAGACUUCAAACAUGGUAUUCACCUUGGUUAUAGUCAGAAGGUGACCCCUAUUGAUUUCAGGGUCAAUAUGUCAAAGGUCAAGUUUACCCUUUAAGGCCUUACUUGAAAAACUAUGGUGAGUAGGCUUUUAUUUCCAAUCAAUAACGUUUGAACAACUUUGUAUAAUAAAAGUCUUCAAACAUGGUAAGCACAUUGAUUGGUCAUGGUCAGUAAAUGACCUUUAUAAUUUUUGGGGUCAAUAUGUCAAAGGUCAUGGUGACUUUAAGUAGAAAAUCUGGGACGCCUUCCACCUGUGACACUGAAUUACAGAAUUCUAAUGUUCUUGUACAUUUGAAUAUAUUAAACUUUGUGAUAUUACUCUUUUCUACAUAAAUUGUUAUUAAUUAUCUCAUAAACACGAGCUCCAUCUAAAAAGUGAAAUUUAAUUAUCCACAAUAUUAUGCGGAAACUAUGCCUUUAUGUAUCAAACUUGAUUUUGAGGACAUUUAUGCUCUAAAAACUGGAUAUUUUCUUGUAGAGCUGUUGUAACUUUUUAUAAUUUAUUUAUUUGGUUGUUUUGAUUUCUAUAUGUGUGUUUUAUGCUUAUUUACCUGUGCAAUAAACAUAUUUUAUUUGUA